AAAUCGGACGACUAUUUUACAUAGCUGCCAGCUCUUACAGUUUUCGAGAUCUCAGCGUUCAUACGGACAGAAAGACACGAACAUGGCUAGAUCGACUCAGUUAGUGAUCGUGAUCAAGAAUAUAUAUACUUUUUGGGCUCGGAAACCCUUCCUUCCACCUGUUACAUAGUUUCCGACGAAACUACGACGACGAUGUUUGUUGCCCAAUUUUGAAGUGUUAGAGGUUCUAAUAACCAUUCAACCUUUUCCACUUUUAACAUAUCAUACACCAUCCAUCAUGGUCAGCGAGCAAUCGGUAGACGAAGCAACCGCAAUCGACGGCGGUGGUAACGAACCUUUCCUAGGACUACUGGACGUGGCCCUUCUCGCGGUACUUAUCGGUGGAGCCGCAUUUUACAUCCUGCGCAGCCGCAAAAGGAAAGAGGAGCCGAUUCGAAGCUACUCGAUUCAACCAACCACAGUGUGUACCACCAAUGCUGCUGACAACUCAUUUAUUAAGAAACUCAAAGCCUCUGGACGCAGCCUGGUCGUUUUUUAUGGCUCGCAGACUGGAACCGGGGAAGAGUUCGCCGGCCGCCUGGCUAAGGAGGGUAUUCGUUAUCAACUGAAAGGCAUGGUUGCCGAUCCUGAAGAAUGCGAUAUGGAGGAGCUGCUUCAGCUAAAAGACAUUUCUAACUCCUUGGCAGUUUUCUGCCUAGCUACCUACGGGGAAGGAGAUCCCACGGACAACGCCAUGGAGUUCUACGAGUGGAUAACAAACGGAGAUGUCGAUCUGGCCGGGCUAAAUUACGCAGUGAGUUCCAGCGAUGUCAUCGAAUCCGCGUUAACUUAUCGAACGUAAAAGCCAAAGUCCUAU